UGGCCUCUGUUCAGUUGGCCCAAGUAGGAAGGUCCUGGGCAUUAAUCUAUAAUUCUCGCACUUCCCCUGUCUAGUCUACAAGUGAAACUGCAAUUUUCUUUUGUCAAUUACUUACAAGGACAUUCCUGUGAGGUUUGGGAACUGUAAGAGUUCUGCUGACCUGUUGGAGGAGACACCUCAAACUUAUGAAAGUCAAUUUUGGCUCCAACUUUGCCUUAUGUGUCCGUGGCUCAGCAGAUGGCACCACCUAGUCCAAGCAGCAACAACAUCAGUGGCAGCGGUGGGGGUGGUGGAGGUGACCAACUGAGCAAAACCAAUCUCUACAUCCGAGGGCUACAACCGGGCACCACGGACCAGGACCUAGUCAAGCUCUGUCAGCCAUAUGGCAAAAUUGUUUCUACUAAGGCCAUAUUGGACAAGACAACAAACAAAUGCAAAGGUGAGAAGACAGACCGUCCUUGGGGGCUAUGGCUUUGUAGAUUUUGACAGUCCUUCAGCUGCACAGAAAGCUGUGACUGCGCUUAAGGCCAGCGGGGUGCAGGCCCAGAUGGCAAAGCAACAGGAACAGGACCCUACAAAUUUAUACAUCUCAAACCUCCCAGUGACUAUGGAUGAGCAGGAGUUGGAGGGGAUGUUGAAGCCUUUUGGGCAAGUCAUUUCUACUCGAAUUCUUCGAGACACAAGUGGGACCAGUAGAGGGGUUGGCUUUGCAAGGAUGGAGUCCACAGAGAAGUGUGAAGCCAUUAUCACCCACUUCAAUGGCAAAUACAUUAAGACACCCCCUGGAGUACCAGCCCCAUCUGAUCCUUUGCUCUGCAAAUUUGCUGAUGGUGGACAAAAGAAGCGCCAGAACCAGGGGAAAUAUGUGCAGAAUGGCCGGUCUUGGCCAAGAGAUGGUGAUGUGGGUGGCAUGGCACUGACCUAUGACCCUGCCACAGCUCUACAGAAUGGAUUUUAUACAGCAUCACCUUACAGCAUCACUCCCAACAGGAUGAUUGCCCAGACCACACUAACCCCCUAUCUCCCAUCUCCUGUAUCUUCGUAUCAGGUUCACAGCCCGUCUUGGAUGCACCACCAGUCAUACCUCAUGCCGCCUGCAGGCACAGUCCUGACCCCAGGGAUGGACCACACCAUUUCCAUCCAGCCUGCCUCAAUGAUGGGACCUCUUACCCAGCAGCUGGGCCACCUUUCCCUCAGCAGCACGGGCACGUAUAUGCCCACAGCUGCAGCUAUGCAAGGAGCUUAUAUCCCCCAGUACACGCCUGUGCCUUCUUCCAGUGUUCCUGUUGAGGAGAACAGUGGCCAGCAAAGUCAAGUAGCGGUGGACCCUCCCUCCGAUCAUGCCGCCUAUUCCUUCCAGUACAGCAAGUAACAGUGGAUGGGCCUGGGCUCUCAGGCCCCACCACUACCCCGCAUCACUGGCGGAGCCUGGGGUUACAAAGCCACCUUUCCUUUGUGCUGCAUUCAAGGAGGUCAGAUUUUUUUUCUUUCUUUUGCAAAGAAAAUAUUUUUUAAAACCACAAACAGACUCUACGCACCCCAAGGAGACCAACUAGUGACUGGACAUUCAUGUCUCCGUAUGAGAAAAAUUGUUGUGUUGUGUUGGGAUUUAUUGUUUGGGCUAUUUUUAAAAAUUUCCUUUGAAAGAAAGUGGAAAGCCUUGUUGCUGGGGCAUUGGCUGUGGGUUCUUCUUGAUAGGUUUGGUUACAGACUUUUCUGUUUUUAUUAUUUUGUAGGGUUUUUUUUUUUAAAGAAAAUAUGCAGUUUUUGAAUUUUAUUUUGUAAAGCUCCCAGAAUCUGUGCCUGCCCCUCUCUUUCUGCUUCUUCCCCAAGGUCCAUCCUAACCCAAACAGUGCUUUCUUCCUACCCCCAUGCUGCAGAACCCACCCACUUUGACUUUUUAACUUAGGGAUUUUGGGUUUUUGAAAUGGAACUUUAUUUUGUGAAAUAAGAACAAAGCAGAGCACGACUUGGGCAGUGGAGGGGGUCCAUCCUCCUGCCUCCUUUCUGCUCCUCUUCCCUGAUCACCUGCCUCUGGGAGAGAACACCAGGCUUUGGCUUCCGGGAAGAGAAAUGUGACCUUGGGCACUCCAGAGACAAAGCCCCACACCCCUCACCAAGUCCAUUUGGACAGAGACAAGGUUUCCUCCAGGACAUCAGACAAUGAAUUUAACUACUUCUGCUCUUCUUCUUGCUGCUAUGGGGACAUCUCCAUCCCAGGAAAUCAUCUUUGGCUUCAGCUCUUCAGGAAUCCUAACUCUGCUGCUCUGGCUGGCUUUUUGUGCCAUCUCCAGGAAAGGAGCUGUGGGCCUGUCACCUUUCGAUUUUUCUCUCCACCCCUUUUUGCUGUGCUCAGAGCCCCAACAGCUAGAACAUGUGCUGCCUUCCUCUUCCUCUUUGUCCCCUGCCUUUCUGCCCACCUUCUCUGCCAAGCAUGGAUCAGCUGACCAGCUGCUUCAUCUUGGUGUAGAUGAUACUGCCCCACAGGACUUGGUAAUUCUCCACCCCUGACCCUGGGAUCCACAGUGCCUUCUGACACCCACCUUUAGAGAUGCUGCCAGGGGAGACCAUUACCCAACCUCUUUGCAUGUACUGACUUAACAGCAAGCUUUCAGUUGCAUGUGAGAGAGAGAGAGAGAGAGAGAGAGAGAGAGUGUGUGAGUGUGUGUGUGUGUGUGUGUGUGUGUGUGUGCGCUUUUGGGUAGGGGUAGAAAAGGAUACACCAAUCUCUGAUUGUGUAGUUCAGCCUGCACUGUCCUGGUAAGCUUGCCCUUCUCCUGAGGUUCUGGGCAUCUGCAGGCAUUUUCCUUCUUCUGGAAGUCCAGCAGGUAUCUGGGCUGGAAACGUGCAAUAACCACCCCCCACCCCACAUUUCAUCUUUCCUGUGAGGCUAGAACUCCAGGAAAAAAAGCCCAUGAUUUUUUCUUCCACCUAUCCAACCUUCUCUCCUAUUGCAAGAUUUAUCUCUGUGCCCAGAGAAACAAACAGUGGGAGUAUCAUGCCCCUGCCCACCUCAAGGAACAGGCCUUUCCCUUCCCACCCAGAGUCCAGUUUCAUAAUUACAUUGUAAGACUAUGAAAGGGAGGUUCUGUUCCAGCCCUAGGGACUGGGUCCUCUCCACCUAUGGGCCAAGCUCCUCUGCACUAGACAAUCAAAGACAGAAAACCAGAUAAGAUUGAUGCAUGAUGAAAAGUCGGGUGUUCAAUAGGCUGGAGGGAGAAUGUGACAGCACCAGAUACUGAGAUUCCAUGAUAGGCUCCAGUCCAGGGCCUCCAAACUGUCCCUUUGUUCAACCUUGGGAGGGGUGAUACUGGUUUGCCAAUUUUCAGUUUCUUUUGGGUGCUUUUUAAACUUGAGGCACCCUCAGUCCCAGGACAUAUUUGCCCAGAGGGUGCAACCUUGUCUUUCCUAUGCUUCCUGUCUUCCCUCACCUCAUUCCAUUUGUCACUGUCAAUGAAAAGCAAGUCCAGCCCCCAUGCAUUCAGCUAUCCUGUCAGAACAGUCUGGGUGCUAGAAAGGAAAGACGACUAUGUGACUCCUACCUUGUCUAAGCGUCCUGAUAGCUUGAUUUUAGGCACAUCUUCAAUGAAACCUGGGGUGGUUGAGGGCCUGGCCUUGUCCAUGAAGGAGAUAGAGGUGCAGUGGGGUCUCCCAUCAUCCACUCUUCCUAACCCUACCCCCACCACCUGUUUGGUUUUGUAAGUGUCCAGAUAGUGGCGCUCAGGUUCUUUUGGAGAAUCACUAAGUUUCCUUCUGAGCUUGCCCUUGUCGUUCUCGUUGGUUCCUUUUAAUGUUAUUUUCUGGACGAAGGGUCUGGGGAUCUGGGGAUACAGACUGACCACUGACUUCAGAUUUUCUUGGUGGUCGGUGGUGGUGAUGAUUCUAUUUGGUGCUUUUGAGUUGUUCCUCUUGACAUAUUUGGGGGGUAGGAGAGAGGCUAGAAUUUUUUUUUCCGUGUGAUUAGUUGUGAUAAAGGAUGACUGGAGCAGAGAAAUAGGGUGAGAGGAGGGAAAUCCUUCGCCUCACCCCUAAGCCACAAACCGAAGUAGUGGGGACAGCUAAAGGAAGCUCUAGGUCUGAACUCAGGGGCCUGGCCCGGCCUUGCUCCUUCACGUCCCGAUUCUCUUUUGUCAGGGGCUGUGGCUGAGGGAUAGGGGGUAGAUGGUAGAGGGUCUCUGCGUAACUCCCGUCCCCUGGCUUCCAAGAGUGUGCUCAGUUUCUGUGAUUACAGAGAUGCUCUUCGUAUUUAAAAUGUGUUUUCUAUGUAUCUUUUUGUGCACAUUUUUUUUAAAGAAAGCCAAAUAGGAACGUCACUGAACCGGACAUCCUUUCCUGGGUUUUAGAGACCCAGACCUGAUUCAGCAUUGCCACUGCUUCCCUUAGGGCCUGGAUCACAGCAGCCCCAAACCCGGGGACAGUGCAGAGACCACAUUGCUGUUUAGACCUGGUCUGAGGGAAGGGGUGUCAUGUAUGGAAAGUACUGUGUCUUGGGGGUGGAAAUGGGGAAGAAAAAGCGAAAUAUUUCUUUUUAAGAUUUUGUUUUCUUUAACCAAAGAAAGUUAAGCAUGUCCUAGUCUAGCCUCCUGUUCCCAGAUUCUCGAGGAGAACCUGUAUAUUAGGGAUGGAGGCAUGUGGACUCUAGGUAAGCAAGAUGAGACUCAGAAGCUAUGCAGGCAACCCCAUCACUUCUCCCCAUUGCUAACAAAUGGGCUUUCUCCCUUUGGUGCUAAAAGCUGGUGCUUCCAGUCUCUACCUUCCCAUCCCUGAGAUAGCCUGCCUCUCUGCAGUCUAAAGUAGAAGGGAGGGCACCUCUCAAGGACCGAGGGAGAGCUGGGUAUUUCAUUGAGGAUGUGAGAGAAGAGCUGGAGGUUAGACUGCUCUGCUGGGAGGAAUCGGACCAGCUGCGGCUAUUCUGGGAAGGGGACCUGGACUGCCGUUUGCUGUGUGCCCCACCUGCUGGGCGGUGGUGGCAUCGCACCCCAGCUACGCGGGCUGCACUUACCAAGGGCAGUUACCCCCCUCACCGCCCCCCCCCCAUAGCUUUGAGCAAUAAAAACAGGUGAAUGGUUAUCCCCCUGCCCCCCUUGGUAUUGAUGGGCCUAGGAGUGGUGAAGCAGCUAGUCAGAAGCAGGGGAGGCUUAGAUUCUUUGUGCCUUGACAUCCCUUAUCCAGUCACUUGUUCCUCUUCCCCACUUUCCCACCUCCCACUCUAGUUCCCUUUUAAGUUGUGGCUAUCCCUGCUUGCUCCCACCUCUUCCCUUUUAAGCCCUAGCUAGGGCUUUCCUCACCAGCCCUUGGGAGUGCCAUGUUGGCGCUGUCCUUCUGCCUUCCCCUGUCCUGCCCUCUCUACUCCCAUUGAGGGAGUCCUACCUAUGGCUAAUGUAUAGACAUGGCAGGGCUCUGCCAUGCUCUCCCAGCUUCCACGCCUGUUCUGACCACCUCCUCACUUUCCACUACGCACCCAGCAAUGUUCUUUCUCCUCGUUACACAUCUACCUCACAAAUCUCACAGUUCAUUGUUCAGAACAAGGGCACAACCAACUGCUUAGGCCCCUACUCCAGCCCUUCACCUGUUUCAGGCUUGGCUUGGGAGUAAGGAGAACGUGGGUAGGAAGGGUUUGUAACUAAGAAAUAAAAUUUAGUUGCUGCCACUUUCUGUAGAAUCUAAUAGGGAUGAGUCUAGCGUUGGUGCCUACCCUCCAAUUAACACUGAAGUCGAGGCGGAGCUGAUGGGUCCCUCCUGACCAGUGGCUUAACUCUAACUGGGCCAAGCUCCAGAAAGGGAGAAAGUGUAAGGGCUGCAGCAGUAGCUAUUCCCUCCCCGGCUGACCACCAACACAGGAACAGGGGCUUUGUCAUCUCAUUUUCCUUAUUCCCCCUGUUGGGCUUUAAAAACAGCCUUAUUCCAGAGACCUCUUUUAUGCACCCUGGGGCACUUACCUCUCCUAUCUUCGAGCUGGACUGAGGGGAAGAGAAGUUGGUAUCCAACUGAGUUGAGCUUAUCCGAGGUCCUGAUGGAGAUGCCAACAGGGGACCAUCUUUAUGCUAAUCCCAUGCACCCCACACCAAUCCCCAUCUCAUAUAUACCCAUUGUAGACCAGAAAUAAGUUUAAUUUAUACUUAGAAACAUUUUGUACAGGUUUUUUAAAGUUUUUUUCCUUUUGAUUUUGUUUAUUCAGAGUUUCUAGUUUUGUAUUCUGCCUGCUUCUAUGCUGAAAGCACUCUAGCUUAUUAUCCCUCUGUUUAUCUCCUAAAUUUUCCAAUGUACCCCCCUCCCUGCAAUCUUGUGGAGCUCAAAUUGUCUCAUUUCAAAUUCUGUUUUUAAAUAAAAUGAUAAA